AUGAAAUGGGACUGGGGGAAGACCCUGCAGUUUCCAGCUGAUUUUCACCUCCUGCUAACUGGUACCCCUAUACAAAAUAACCUUAAUGAGCUUUACUCUCUUCUCUCAUUGUUUGCUCCUAAAACAUUUCCUAGCAAAAUUGAGAAAUUUGUAGACCAUUUCUCAUCCAUACAAGAUGAUGAUCAUAAUAUCUCAAUGAUGCAUACAAUCUUGGAACCAUUUCUCUUACGAAGAACAAAGUCUGAGGUAAUUCUUGAUCUUCCCUCAAAGAGUGAAAUUAUUAUAUAUACUGGAUUAUCCACAAUACAGAGACAACUUUAUAAAGCUAUUUUAACUAAAGAUCUUUGUAACUGCAUUGGUGAAGCCGGUAACAAGACACGUCUUUUGAACAUUCUCUCUCAGUUACGUAAAUGUAUUAAUCAUCCUUACCUGUUUUUAGGGGUGGAGCCUGAACCUUUUGUCCUUGGAGAACAUCUUGUUGAAGCUAGUGGGAAAUUAUUCAUCAUCGACCAAAUUGUUGCAAUUUAUAAAACCAAAGUACAUAUUUAUAAGGGUAGUCAUAGAGUUCUUAUCUUCUCACAAAUGACAAGAAUGUUAGAUAUCAUACAAGAUUACUUGGAAUAUAGAGGGUACUCCUAUGAAAGAUUAGAUGGUUCUGUUAGAGGUGAAGAAAGAUUUCUAGCUAUUAAAAACUUCACUGAUGAUAACACAUUCAUUUUUCUAUUAAGUACUAGAGCAGGUGGGCAAGGCCUCAAUUUAGUAGGGGCUGACACUGUCUUAUUUGUUGAUUCUGAUUUUAACCCUCAAAAUGAUUUGCAAGCAGCUGCAAGAGCACAUCGAAUUGGACAGACAAAACCAGUUAAGGUGAUUCGUCUUGUCACUCGUGACACAGCUGAGGAAAUUAUUCUUCGUCGAGCUGAAGCAAAACUUGUAUUAACUCAAACAGUCAUCGAAGGAGGGCAAUUCUCUCAUGGGAUAGUAGAUAUAAUUGCUGACAGUACCCCUCAAUUAUCAGACAUUUUGAAAUUUGGUCUUGAUAAGAUCUUGGAAUCUAACGAAAGAAACAAAAAAUUGCUUGAGGAAAACGAGAAAAAAAAACAUGAAGAGAAAGAAAGGAAGCGACUUGAAUGGUGGCAAAAAAAUAACUACUCAACAUUCAAUGUUCAACUAGACAGUGACUCAGAGGAGUCCAGUGAUGAUGAAGAAAGAGGACUUGAUAUACAGUAUCUUGUAGGAGAUGUUACACAACCUCAAUGUACAGGAACUAAAGAUGCCAUUAUUGUCCACUGUGUUGAUGAUUCUGGAAGAUGGGGGCGUGGUGGUCUAUUUUCUGCUAUAUCUUCUCGUUCAUUAGAACCUGAAAGUCAUUAUAGAAAGGCCAGCAAAAUGAAGGAUUUAUCACUAGGUGAUGCACAUGUGAUAUCUGUGGAUGAUCGUAUGAGUCGUGACGAAGGGAGGGACUUGUUGGCGUUGAUAAUAGCUCAGUCUCGUGAUGAUAGUGGGCGUUUAACUGGUAUCAAGUUAUCAGCUUUGAGUACUGGAUUAAUGAGAGUGAGUCGCUUAGCUCGACAAAGAGAUGCAUCAGUCCAUCUGCCAAGAAUUGGACAUGCCACGCCCAACUUUAAUUGGUAUGGGACAGAGCGACUUAUAAGAAAGCUGGCUAGCAGAGGUGUUCCCACUUACAUGUAUCCAUGGUAA